CACUACCCAGAACUCUCUGCUUUGUCAGAAUGCAGCCUAUCAGUGGACAAAUAAUACGUUACGUCUGGGCGGAGAGGAUAGUCGCGCAAACUCGAAAUGCAAGCAAUUCUUUUCCGGGCUUUACAUAGUUUUUUUUUGGUAGAGCAGUUCGAGUUUGUAAAAUAUAUUUGUGAAGCUUGUUAGCUAUCGCCAGCAUUUAUAAUCUGAAUUCAAUACUGUGCGUUUACAGUUAAUUUUGUUCGGAUAGUUACUUUUCAUUUCCGUAUGUGAAGUAUUGCUACACACACUAGGGUGGUGAAAACAUCGAACUCUAAACACAAUGUCUAGUACAGCUAAUUUACCAGGAGAGGGCACGAGAAACGAACAUGUCAAAGUGACCAGCCGGAAAAAGCCUGGAAUCCUUGAGCGUAUGAGCGACACUGCAGGCGGGAUGGUAGUCGGGGUCGGGCUUUUUGCGCUCUCCUUUUACAUACUCUUUACCAACGAGGGUCGGGCUCUUAAAACAGCCACCUCACUUGAUGAGGGGCUUUCUCAGGUGGUGCCGCUGCAUGACAUCAUCACAGUGGACCCUGAGAAUGAAGGCAGGUUGGUGCAUCUGUCUGGGGCCCUGAGAACAUCACAGCCUCUCUAUGAUCCCAACUAUGGGAUUUCCAUCCAUGCUGUCAAACUGAAGCGGCAAGUUGAAAUGUACCAGUGGGUGGAAUACGAGGACAGCCGGGAAUAUGAAGAAAAUGGUGAAGUAAAGACGGAGACCAAAUACACAUACAAUACCGAGUGGAAAUCGGAAGUCAUCAACAGCAGGAAUUUUGAUAAAGAGACUGGCCACACCAACCCCAGUGCCAUGGCUGUGGAGUCUGUCACUGUCGUAGCUCCUUAUGUUUCUGUGGGCCCUCUCUAUCUCUCUCUAGGUUUGGUGGAGAAGGUGGACACCUUUAAACAGCUGAGUCUGGUCAGGCUGUCGCCUCUGGAUGCUUUUGUCACUGUGUAUGAGGAUUCCUUCUACCACACACACAACCCCCGGAGACCAGAGGUUUACCUGGCACCCCAGAUCGCCAAGCGUUACAACAUUGCUGUGGAAACCAAAGAAGUCGCCCUGUGUGUAACGGAGGGAAGGUCUGAAAGUUGUGUUUUCAGUGAACUGGCUUCUGCGUUCUCUCUGGCUUGCGUGGAAGGCUAUGAGGUUUUCCCUGAAAGCGGAGCUGAUGUAAACUUGUGCACAAAGACUAAACGUGGACACUCUGCGGCAAAAGAAACUCCUGCAAGGAAGCUAAGGGGAAGACAGGGCAGGACAGGUUCAGGUGGGGGGCUGAGAAAGACGGCAAGGAAAAUCUCAGCCACGCAGCAGGAGAAGAAGGUGGUCCAUGGUGGUGAAGCUGGGGUGAUGAGGAGAACAAGCUACUCCAGAGGCAUCAAAAAAGAAAAACUUCUGAAAGAAUCAGAAAAGGGGUAAGGGCUUUUAAACGGGACAUUGUUAAAAUCAUUGUACUCGAAUGAAAUCCAGUCCAAUGCAGACUCCCCAGUGAGUCAGGCAGAGCCUUUAAAAGUGAAGCCUGGCGAUAUCACUCAGCCUGCCGAUAUCACUCAGCCUGAGGAGAUCUCCACUGAGCCAGGGUCGGAUCAAGCUGGUUUCGUGCCCCAACACGGGGAGAAGGGGGGUUCAUCGGAGAGGUUUACAUCGGUGAGACCACAGCAAGCAGGGGAGUUUAGUCUGAAAACACAAAUAGAGAGACGGAAGACAAGCCUUUACUUCUGCAGCAAAUCCACCAAAGGUGGUAAUAUGACCGUAAAGAGAUUCCUCGAAAUGGACCUUCAGUUUAUAAAGGGGUUUUUCUGAGUCAAGUGUUUUUUCUUUUUGUUUAGCUCCAAGCCCACCCAGGCGUAAAGCUUUCAGGAAAUGGACCCCGCCUCGCUCUCCAUUUAAUCUGGUACAAGAAACGCUUUUCCAUGAUCCUUGGAAACUUCUGAUUGCCACCA